AUGGCGGCUCCGAGUCGGCGCGCGCAGGAUCUGCUAAUGGAUGACAAAUGGGACCUCUGCGUCGACCUCUCGCUUCGCCGAGUCGUCUACAGCACGCUCGCGGGCGCCGCCACCGGGCUCGUCCUCUUUAGUGAGGAGCCCCACGAGUCGAUGGGCCGCCCCGACUGCUGUCGCGCAUUUCUACGCGCGCUCAAUUCCUUUCUCCCCCCGCAUCCUUUCUUUCCUUCCCCCUCCCGCCAUCCCUCAGGGUCCCCCACGAGUCGCUGGGCGGCUCUCGCCUUCGGCGCCGGCUGCGGCGUCGGUUCCGCCUACACCGACUGCUCGCGCAUUCUCGACGGCCACGUGCCGCGAUUCUCCGCCCCGCUUGCCGCUAGAGCCGCCUCCGCUGCCCCUGCUCCCGCUGCGCCUGCCGUUUUUGCACCACCCCCCAUUGCGCCUGCCCCUGCCCUGGUCCCAUCUGCUGCUGCCGCCGCUGCUGGCUCAUCCGGGUCGACGGAUCAACUGCCGCAGGAUUAG